GCGUUUCGCUUGAACUUUUAAUGUAAACAAUGAAACUAACAAAUUUGUGUGAAUGCUGAUUUUGUUUAUAGAAUAAUUUAGGACUACAAUGAUCUAUGAGAAACUCACGAUUUUAAUUUCCUCAAUGAACUUUAAAAGACCUUAAUACAUCUGUCGUGUGGCGUCGAGUCGCGGUAGACUGUCAACACCACUACAAAGGAACGCGUGCCAGGAUAUCCAUAAAAUCCCUUGGAAGCCAAAUAUCAGAAGGCAGUUAAUGGAUCAAGUCGAGAUAUAUUUGCUGGCGAUCUCGUGGUAUCGAAAGAAUACCGAGAUCGUGCCAGGAUACAAGCUUGGUUACUGAGCGUAACCGGAUUCGCACAAGGUCACAAUCGAAGUAAGUAUAAUGGGUGUUUUUAGCCCAGUUUAACAAAGAGCACAUUAAAACAAGCACUGGUACAAUUGGUUAUAAUAAUAAUUGUUUUCAUCAAACCAAUCGUGUUCUCGUGAUAAAAGUAAGUCACUACACAUCUUUGAAUAUACAUCACUAACUUGUAUAAUUCUAAAAUCCAACAAAGAAGACCUUUCGAUCUUUAUAUUUCAAGAAAUUUCGCCUAGCUCUUAUCAUGGAUUCUUCCAGUAGACUCUAAAUAAAAGUCCAUUUUAAAUUUAUCAAAUCUUGUAAUUUUGGGAAUAGUAGUUGUUGUUAUUAUUAUUUGAAUUCAUAAACAUUGGUACAAGGAGGCACCCAACAGAUACACCACAUAAAUUAUUUGAUUUAUGUGAGAGCUUGGAUACUUCCCCGGUGCCCAAACAGAAGCAGGUGGUUUUCUUAGGGGGUUACACCCCAAGCUUUUGACCUCAAGGUCUAAUCCACAAAGCAGUGGAGUAAUGUCAGGAGAUGCAGUCCUAUGGUAGUCGGUGACCCAUAAUUGGUUCACACGUCAUUUGUUUCCUCAGGAUCCUGGAGCCCAUGUAUACCAUUGGUUUGGGAUCGGAGUUUUCCAACUUCCCUGGGUGGAUGCUCGAUAUCCACCAACCAGGUCAAAACGCCGGACAUUCACUUUUCGUCCUCUCAGUUUCGUAAACAACACCCCCGCCACAAAAAGGCAGUAAGUAGGACUUUCCUGUAGUAAUAGUAAACUAAACGGUGGUAAAGUUUUGUUAUCCCUAAACGAACAAAUAAUGUUGAACGAGAAUAUACAUUAUAUUAAAAUUUCUGUCAUACCCAAAUAUUAUUCGAUAUUUUGAUUAUGGAUUUUUCAAAAUACUGGUGGAAAUGUUUUUAUACUAUAUUCAUAUACAUGAGAAUGAAACUCACUGGUUACUUGUAUCUCAAUAUUUAUAAGUUUUUUUCAACUAAUGAUUGUAUUGAUAAGAGAAAUAAAUGUUCACAUUUGCUAAUGCACAAAAUAAUAAAAAUAUUUUGGAUUGAACUGUUUUAUCAAAUUACUACUAACAUUUUGUUGGAGUUUUGUUUUCUGAAAUGGAUAGCUUGCUCGUGGAGCUUUCAUCGUUCUUCUGAACGAUAUCAUCAGCACAAACUUCAGGUAGAAGUGAAGUGUUCUCCACUAUUAAUAUUCUUGGUUGUAGUUAUUUUUUGUUUAAAAUUAUUUACCUAUGAACGAAUUACAAUGACUUCAAAUGUUAUUUAAAAAUAUCCUUUUUUUAUUAAUUUACAAUUUGGUAAUUUUUAAGUUUGCAUUAUCCUAUUCUCAGUAAUCAAGACUGAAUUUUCAUUAUUCUUUGUUGGUAAAUCUAUUUCAUGAGUGAACGCUUCAACAUUACUAUUUUGCUGGACAUUUAAUUACACAUGAAAUCGUGAUUAACAGUGAAUUCUAAUAAUGUGUUCGUUAUAAUCAGAUACAUUUAUAAACUCAUAAGGGAAGAAAUCAAUCAACACAAUCAAAAGAAUCAAAUUAGUUCCCCCCCUAACUCCAAACAUACAUAGAUUUAAAAAAGGAAACUAAAAAUCUAAAUAAAUCCAUACGAAAAUUUUAUAAACAAUGAUAAACAUAAAUUUUCAGGUUUACGUGCACUGCUUUAAAUUAUAAACAUGAUUUCAGUGUAAACGUUUGUAAAAGUUUGUAAAGAAUGCUAUUUAACGUUAGUUAUUACCUUUACUUCUCACUUUAUCAAAUUAAUCUUUGUUAGUUGGUUUGAAAUAAUAAGGAAUUUUUGAUUUUAUCAUGUCUUUAUAUGGAAUAAUUUGUAAGAAAAUAAUAUGUUAUUGUUGAUGUGCCAAAAACUAAAAUCACAAACUUUAGUUUCCAGCGGGUUACGGUGAUUGAUUAUGAUCUAAAAGUCUGUAUUCUCAUGAAUAUAAUUUUGUUUUCAAAAAAUUGUUUAGCGGUUUCUCAAGAAAACUUUGAGAAAUGAAAUGAAAUACAUUCUAUACCUACUAACAGAACAUGCGAAGGAGUGUAUAUUUUUGCCUAAUCUGUUCAGUAAACUUUCUUUUGUCAGUGUAUUGACACUGUAUCAAACGUUCCAACUAUCUAGUCCUUUUAAAUACGCUUCUAUAGUGAAAGUAUUCACUGACUCCUUUAUUCCAGACCUCAGAAAUCACAAAACAUAAAGGUGUUGAUAUUUUGUAAUCAUGAGUUGUAACUUAUUAUUUGCUGCGAAAAUUAAUAAUUUUGGAACUCCAGCUUGUUUAGUUAAAUUUUCAGCUAACACCUUUGUGUAUACCCGAGUCAAUCCAAGCAUUUAUUUAGUUGUCGCUCUGUGUAAUUGUGUACUUUGAAAAUAGUAAAUGUAUUGUUUGAUAUUAUUUUUCAAAUCACGAUAGAAAAGACAGUUAAAACGUCAGCUAGCAUCAUGAAACUUUCUGAUAGAAACCUAAGAUAUAAACUGGAGUCAUUUAAUGCUCUGAUUUCAUUGGUGACAAGGUUUAUAAAUGUACGAAGCCCAACGUUAGCUGAACAGAAUAACUACUUUUUUCGUAAUUCCUAAUUUAGUCAUUACUUGAUCCCCAGCAUACCGAUUAUUUCGAAAUUCAACUUCAUUUGGAAUUCUUAGCUAAUUUAAUGUUUACUGUUUUCUGUAUACACGUUAAUAAAUCGAAAGUAUGUACUAUUUCCACUGUUUAGUAGUAGAUUGAUAAUCUUAGAUUUUUACAAAUCGCUAACUAGAUAAUAACUAAUUUUAGGAUGUUUCCCUCAAUGGUGACGAAUAUCUGUCACUAAGACAAUUUAAUUUAGCCAAGUAAUUACUUGAUGUUACACUAUAGCCUAUUACAUAUAGUUCAAGAUACCUGUUCUCACUUUAUCAUUUAUAUGUUCAUACACCUGGUGAACGGUUCGAUCUGAAAUGUUGUUCGAAACUUAAGGUUUGUUAAGUUCGGUUCCAUAACCUGCCUGAGUCACAAUAUGAACUAAAAUGAGGUAUUUCUUACAAAUUACUCAUUGGUUAUAACUUCAGUGUAUAUUUAAUAUCAUUUACUGGUUUUUCAAGACAAAAACCUUAACUCCUCUCAUAAGGACGUGUUUACUCAUUUGCCGAUUAGUAGCCAUCAUAUGAGUAGGUUGGAAGAAGAUCAUUUAUGAUCUAACAAAAAUAUAAUUCUAUGAAGUUGUAUACUGUCGAACUGAUUCGUGCUACAAGGUUCAGUUUUAUCACGAACGAUGUUUACAUAACAUGUGGCUAUGAUCAGUUUCAUUAAGAUAGAAGUCUGCAUCCUACGCUUAAAUCUUUGAUUUUGAUAAUUUUAUGUACUUUUCAAUCUUAAAUUUCACCUUACUUCCAAAUCAAAUCCUCUAUGUUAAAAUUUGUAAUAUCAAUGAUUUUUCGCUUCUACUUUUUUUAUUUUACUUGGUAACAGUUUCGUCAUUGUGCUUGGAUUGUAACAAACUUGUCCCACAUUUCAAGUUCUGUCAACGACUGAUUGAUCAACUAUCUAUGUAAAGAACUUUGUUUAUUUCUUAGUGAUUUUUAUUUUCGGUGACUGUUUUAAGUUUUUGUAAUAAAAUGUAAAUGAUUUGGUGUUUCACAUAAAGAUUUAUAAACAGGUAGAAUAUAAGAAAGCAAUACAGAAUUUUAGGACCGUUUUUCCUUGAGUAUUAAAAAAUUACACCCGGUCUAUGAAUAAUUGAAAGUGUACCCUUACUUUAAGUACCUACACCUGUUACUCCUAACGGAGCAUAGGCCGCCGACCAGCAUUCUCCAACCCACCCUGUCCUGGGCCUUUUCUAGUUCUAUCCAAUUGUUGUUCAUUCUUCUAAUGUCUAUCUCCAUUUCCCGGCGUAAUGUGUUCUUCCAUCUUCCUCUUUUCAUUUGGCCUUGGAGAUUCCAAGUGGAGGCUGGCCUUGUGACACAGUUGGGUGCUUCUCUCAAUGUAUGUCUUAUCCACUUCCAGCGCUUCUUUCUGAUUUCUUCCUCCGCUGGGAUCUGGUUUGUUCUCUCCCACAGUAGGUUGUUGCUAAUAGUGUCCGGCUAACGGAUCUGAGGUAUUUUGCGUAGACAACUGCUAAUAAACACCUGUAUCUUCUGAAUGAUGGCUUUCGUAGUUCUCCAGGUUUCCGCCCCAUACAGUAGAACUGUCUUGACACUUGUAUUGAAAAUCCUGACCUUGGUGUUGGUUGACAGUUGUUUUGAAUUCCAGAUGUUCUUCAGUUGUAGAUAUGCUGCUCUUGCUUUGCCAAUCCGUGCCUUCACGUAUGCAUCAGAUCCACCGUUGUUAUAUCCGAGCGAAGAUUAAAUCAUGAGUAACUUCUGAAACAUAUUAAUUGACUAAUAUUAUCUAUACAGUCUUAUGGUAUAACUAUUCAAUAAUUAGAUUAUGUUAAUUUAUAUUCCCCUUAUUACAAGCUUUAUUUUGACCUAUAAAUUAUUAUUGUACGAUUUGCUGUUCUUAUGUUAUACUCAGUUUAUUAAUUACUGUCUCUCACGUUUACAGCCACCUUUGGCUUUAUUGUGUACAAAUGUUAUUUCCUAUUUUAUGGUGCGUUGCGGUCUUUUUGGUUGAUAUAUAAGCACAGUAUGUUUGAAAUAAAUUAUUCGAUUCGAUUCAGUUCGAUUCACAUCUUGGAAGCUGGUAUUGGUAUUCUGGACUCAAGUGGACGGGCUAGGCGGACAUAGGACCAGUAAGGACGCUAGGCUGCUCAUACCGGUCGAACGUCAUUGGUUUGGCACAGUGCGAAGAUUUUAUAAGUCGUAUUUUGAUUGGUGGAUAAAUAACGUGGUAAAAACCGGACAUAAAAUCAUAACAACCGUGUUCAUCGAUGAUGCUGCCCGGAUAUGUAAAGAUUGUUACAUCAUUCAAAUCUUCUCCGUCAAGUGUAGUUUGAUUGGUACAUGUUGUGUUGUAUCUGAGAGUCUUGCUUCUCCCUUCUUGUAUAUUGAGACCUACUGCUGCUGAAGCUGCUGCUACCCUUGUCGAAGUCUCCUGCAUUUGUUGUUGUGUGUGCGAUAAAAGAGUCAGAUAAUGUGAGAAGUCUAGAUCGUCUAGCUUCAUCCUAUGUGUCAACUGUAUCCUAUGCUUCUCUCCAGAUGUUGACGUCUUUAUGAUCCAGUCGAUCACCAGGCGAAAGAGAAAGGGUGAGAGUAAGUAACCUUGACUGACACUGAUCUUUUCUUUGAACGAGUCUGUGAGCUAUCCUCCAGGCACGAUUUCGCAGUUUAAUUCGUUCUAGGAACUCUGUAUGAUGUUGACUAUCUUCUCAGACACAGUAAUCCUCUCCUUGUGGCUGUGCUUCUUGUGGCCCCUGGAACUUCAUAACAUAUUGAAGUGACUACCUUCUUGAACCCCUUCUGUUAGGUCCCGAUAAGAAUAACGAAUGGUAAUUUUCGGGAUCCAUUUAUGAACAAAUAUUAUGAGUAUAUUUUUAUCGUAUAAUUGUUAUGUAACUAAACUGUUCAUAUUCAUGUCCCUCUCAUUAUGAGUUUUAUUUUGACCUGUGAACUAUUAUUAUACGAUUUACCAUUCUUGAGUUAUGACCUGUCUGUUAAUCACUACCUCCCUCAUUCACAGCCACUUUUGGCCAAAUAUUGUAAAAAUGUUAUUUUCUAUUUUAUGGUAUUUUAUAGUCCGUUUGAUUGGUAUAUAUACCCCGUAUGUUUGAAACAAAUGAUUCAUAUUGCAGAGGCUGGGAUUGGUAUUCUGGACUUAGUCAGUCAGUCAGCUACAACGUAGGACCAGGCACAUUUAUGCAUCAGUCCACGUUGCUAUACCUUAUUAACACAACAAGAUGGACACCGGAUUCAUAAAAGUAGUUAAUUCAGAGGUGGUAAUAUAUAAAAGAAAGAUUGCAUAUAAGGAUAUAGUACAGAAAGAAUGAAUUAGUUUGUAGAAAGAAAGAUAUGAAGCAAUUUUAAUCUCUUAGUUUAAGGGAAGAUAGAGAGUGUAUACACCGACGCCAUUGUGAUCGAUUCCGAGCCAUGUCACCUACAGUCUCCAACCAUUGGUUACGAAAGUCACGCGGACCCCAACCAAGUAGUCUGGAUCUACCAACAUGGCUCAAACUACAAGUUAGCGACUUCAAGCACUGAUGCCAUGUUUUGGUUUGGCCGCCCCUAACUUUCUACCAACCACCUCCAACACCGGUUAGCAUUGCACGUCGUGGUAAUCGGUGUUCAGGCAUACGCAACACGUGGCCCAACCAUCUCAGUCGAUGAAGAUUCACAACCUCAUCAACUGAUUUACCAUCAUUCCCUAAUACCCUGUGUCAAACCUCAC